AAUUGGCGGGAUCAGCUCAGUGACGUGAUGUCCCAGACGUGUCAAGCGCGUCUGCGCAUGCGUGACAGACAUGUGGAGAAGUAAAUAAUAGGAGGAUAUUUGACUAGUUUGAGCAUUAACGACAUGUACAGAGGAAUAAUCCAACGGUUCCGUGGUCAGGACACUUCAAAUGCAUUUCAAAGAGGAAUUUGUUGUUUAAUGCGUCGAUACGUGAGCAGUGUCAGAUCAGAGGAUGAUAUAAAGAACUUUAUUAUAGACAACACAGAAAUAGUAAGCGGCCAAAGUUUAACUCCAGAGAUUUCUUUAAGACUCUUUACACCCACCUGCCGGUUUUGGACGGAGAAACCAGAAUUGUGGCCUUUCCCUGAUCCGUACUGGGCAAUAUAUUGGCCCGGUGGACAGGCGCUGGCUAGGUAUCUCUUAAAUAACCCCGAGGUGUCUGAAGGCAGAAAGGUGCUGGAUCUCGGCUGUGGUUGUGGAGCAUCAGCCAUUGCUGCCAGACUCAGUGGAGCUUCUCAUGUGGUGGCCAAUGACAUUGACUCAAUUGCUGCCGUUGCUACAAAAAUGAACUGUGAACUGAACAACGUGGACCCUUUACCUUGUGUGACAGACAACAUGAUCGGUUCAAAGCCUGAGGCCUGGGAUCUUAUUCUUCUAGGAGACAUGUUCUAUGAUGAAGGUCUGGCUGAUCAUCUGCAUAAGUGGCUCCAGACGUGUAUAAGCACAUAUGGAACACAAGUGCUCAUUGGUGACCCAGGACGGGCUCAAUUUGAAAGCCACGACAUUAGAAAAUUAUUACAUCCGCUGGCUUACUUUGAGCUACCAGACUCAGUCAAAGAGGAGAAUUAUGGACUAACAAGAAGCACGGUGUGGUGCUACAACUACAAACCUAAUCUAUAACAGCUAAUGCAUUCAUGUGUAUGUAAACUAUGUACAUAAAUAAAACACUGCCACCUGUGCAAUAAGUUAUAUUAAUCACAAAAAUUAACGUUCGUUUUAUUGAUUAUGAUGAUGCUAUUUUUUACUGUAAGCAAACAUGUUAAAUGGAACAUAUUCUGGAGCAGACUACUGUAAUUUUGUACAUGUAUUUUUAAUGAUUAUAUAUUAGAGUCCAGUUGAAACCUUAAAUGAAAAGUUGGUAAGCAAAACAUUCUUACAUAAUUCUAUACUUAAUGUUAAAUACAGUAAGUUAACAUUUACAAUGCAAACACUUUAAAAAUUAUUGAUUUUAUCUUUUUUUUUUUACCUCAAACAUUGACAAUUUAGUCAAUUUGAAAAGGAUGUUUGAUGAGUACAUUACAUGUAUGAUAAUAAAGUUGAUGUCUGUAGCUCACA